AUGGAUCUGCUGACUGCAUGGCCGUGUUGCUAUCCACGACGGACCAAUUGCCGGCCAUCGCUCUCAUGGCCACCGCCUGUUGUCAUUGCGGGGCCAAAGCAAGUCCAGCCCCGAACUCUAUUCACUAUCGAGACUGCGCCCGGUCAGACUCUGUCCUCUAGCGGAGGUUGUGGAAGCCACUUCUUGGAUAUCACAGGGUUCAACACCGAAAUCAAAGCCGUCAAGGUCCCUGCUCCACGUCUGUUCCCUAAGCUCAAAUGGGACAACAUCAGGAACAACCUCGAGAAGUAUGCAACUUACCAUACGCGCUUCUCCGAAACCGUCACGGUACUGAAGUCGAAGAAGCAGGGCGUAACCGCCAAUGCCUUCCCGCACGUACUCUGGCCCCAGAAGUCCAUCGUUGUCACGGUGCCGGGGCGAAGCAACGAGAUGGUCAUCGUCGGUGCCCACCUGGACUCCGUAAACGGCGCAAACCGUCUGGAAGCUAGAGCACCAGGUGUGGACGACAACGCUUCGGGCUCUUUCCUGCUACUCGAGUCACUCCGUGUGCUUCUGUCUGACAAAGACUUUGGGCUAAGCAAGCUGCAGAACACCAUCGAGUUCCACUGGUAUGCUGUCGAGGAGGGCGGUCUGCGAGGUAGCCAGGACAUCUUCACUCAGUAUGCCAACGCCGGGAGGGACGUACGGGCUAUGCUGAACCAGGAUAUGCCUGAAAGCUUCGGUCUAAUUACUGACUUCACUGAUCCAACUCUGAAUGAGUACAUCGGCCGUAUCAUCGACGAGUAUAUCGACAUUGAACGCGUCAACAGCGUCUGUGGCUAUGCUUGUUCUGACCACGGCUCUGCUACGAGAAACGGAUACCCUGCUUCCUUCAUCUUCGAAGCUGCGUUUGAGUGCCGCAAUCUUCACAUCCACACAGCGAACGAUACUAUCGAGCACAUUGAUCCUAAGCACGUCCUUCAGCAUGGACAGCUCGUGCUCGGCUUUCUGUAUGAACUUGGCUUCAGCAAGAGCAACUAA